UAUUAUUUUAUCGAGCUCGACAUCAGCGGUCGAGAUCUCAGCGGCAAAAUCUCCCCAUCAAUCGCAAAUCUAACCGCUUUAAUCGUUCUUGAUCUGUCAAGAAACUUCUUCACAGGAGAAAUACCAUCUGAGAUAGGCUCAUUGCAUAAAACCUUAAAGCAGUUAAGUCUCUCUGAGAAUCUCUUACAAGAAAACAUUCCACAAGAGCUUGGUUCGCUUAAUCUUCUUGUUUAUCUCGAUCUCGGAACCAACCGGUUAACCGGUCAAAUUCCGGUUCAGCUCUUUUGCAACGGUUCUUCUUCUUCUCUGCUAUACAUAGACCUCUCUAACAAUUCUCUCAAUGGAGAAAUCCCUCUAAAGAACCAUUGUCACCUUAAAGAACUUCGGUUUCUUCUUCUAUGGUCUAACAAUCUUGUGGGAAAUGUUCCAUCUUCGCUUUCAUACUCUAAAAAUCUCAAAUGGAUCUAUUUGGAGUCAAAUCUGUUAACCGGAGAGUUACCUUCUCUAGUUAUAAGCAAUAUGCCACAGCUUCAAUUUCUUUACCUUUCUUAUAACCAUUUCGUUAGCCACAACAAUAACACCGACCUCGAACCCUUUUUCGCCUCUCUCUCCAAUUCUUCUGGCCUACAAGAGCUUGAGUUAGCCGGAAACAGUCUUGGAGGAGAGAUAACUUCUUCCGUAAGGCACCUCUCUGUGAAUCUUGUGCAGCUUCAUCUUGAUCAAAACCAUAUCCAUGGCUCUAUACCUCCAGAAAUAUCAAACCUUUUGAACCUAACCCUUUUAAACUUGUCGAGUAACCUUUUGACCGGUCCAAUCCCCUGGGAGCUCUGUAAGCUAAGCAAACUUGAAAGGGUUUAUCUUUUGAAUUAUCUCUUAACCGGUGAAAUCCCAGUGGAACUAGGGGAUAUUCCUCAUCUAGGUCUUCUUGAUUUGUCUAGAAACAAGCUAUCUGGUUCAAUCCCGGAUAGUUUUGCUAACCUUUCUCAGCUGAGAAGACUUAUUCUGUAUGGAAACCAUCUCUCUGGUAUGGUCCCUCAAAGCCUUGGCCAGUGUAUCAAUCUUGAGAUUCUUGACCUAUCUCACAACAACCUCUCAGGCAAGAUUCCUGUUGAAGUUGUCUCCAAUCUCAGAAACCUGAAGCUUUAUCUUAACCUCUCAAGCAACCACUUAAAUGGAGAAAUUCCUUUGGAGCUAAGCAAAAUGGAUAUGGAUCUCUCCAUUGAUCUAUCUUCCAACGAACUUUCAGGGAAAAUUCCACCUCAGCUCGGAAAUUGCAUUGCAUUGGAGCAUCUGAAUCUUUCAAGAAACGGUUUCUUUGGUCCACUUCCUGCUUCAUUAGGCCAAUUGCCAUAUCUAAAAGAGCUAGAUGUGUCUUAAAACAGAUUAACCGGAGCUAUACCGCCUUCUUUCCAACAGUCUUCCACUCUCAAGCACUUGAAUUUCUCCUUCAACCUGUUCUCCGGAAAUGCAUCUGACAAAGGAUCAUUCUCUAAGCUGAGUAUUGAUUUUUUUCUUGGGGAUUCUUCCUUGUGUGGCUCUGUACAAGGGAUGCAAUCCUGCAAGAAGAAGCACAAGUACCCUGUUGUUCUUCUACCGGUUCUAUUAUCGUUGAUUGUAACUCAUGUUCUGUGUGUUUUCGGGUACCCUUUGGUCCAAAGAUCAAAAAUUGGAAAGAAUCUAACAGUUUACGAUGAAGAAGAGAUGGAAGAUGAAGAAAAACAGAACCGAAAAGACACGAAAUACCCAAGAAUAUCAUAUCAGCAGCUCAAUGAAGCAACAAGAGGUUUCAGUUCUUCUAGCCUAAUUGGAUCAGGGAGGUUUGGUCAUGUGUACAAAGGAAUUCUCAGAAACAACAAGAAGAUUGCAGUGAAAGUACUCGAUCCAAAGACUGCAGCAGAGUUCACAGGGAGCUUCAAAAGAGAAUGCAGGAUCAUCACAACGUGUAGCAAACCAGGUUUCAAGGCUAUUGUUCUGCCAUUAAUGCCAAAUGGGAGCUUGGAGAGGCAUUUAUACCCUGAGGAGUACUCAGGCAGGAGCUUGGAUUUGAUUCAGUUGGUGAGUAUUUGCAGCGAUGUCGCCGAAGGAAUAGCUUACUUGCAUGACUAUUCACCUGUCAAAGUCGUUCACUGUGAUCUCAAACCAAGCAAUAUUCUUCUUGACGAUGAAAUGACCGCUCUGGUUACAGAUUUUGGAAUUUCAAGAUUGGUUCAAGGAGUCCAAGAAACGGUUGAUUCAGUGUCAUUUGGCUCAACAGAUGGACUAUUAUGCGGAUCAGUCGGUUACAUUGCGCCAGAAUAUGGGAUGGGGAAACGUGCAUCUAUCCAUGGAGAUGUGUACAGUUUUGGUGUUCUCCUGCUAGAGAUUGUGAGCGGAAGGAGACCAACGGAUGUUCUUGUCAACGAAGGAUCAAGCUUGCAUGAGUUUAUGAAGUGGAAUUACCAGAAUUCUCUAGAGGGAAUCAUCGAACAAGCACUAAUAAGAUUAAAACCGCAAGGGAAGGCAGAGAGAUGUGAGAAGCUAUGGAGAGAAGUCAUAUUGGAAAUGAUUGAGUUGGGAUUGAUAUGUACUCAAUAUACUCCUUCAACUAGGCCUAACAUGCUUGAUGUCGCACAAGAGAUGGGAAGGCUUAAAGAGUUUCUAUUUGCUUGUCCUUCUCUUCCAAGUUAUCAACCUCAAGAAACAGAAGGAGAAGCUAGUUCAUGA